AACAUGAUGCCUCAGGCCGAACCUCUAAAGUCUACUCCCCCACAGACGUCUUUGUCUAACAUGACAAACAUUCUGGAGGAAGAGUCCAAAAUGAAAGCCACCUGGAUCUUUCUAGACAAACCUCCUGAAGAAGCCUUGAAUGAAGAAAAGUUAAUAAGGAUGGCAAACUGGGUGUCACAAGUGACAGCUCUACCACCUGUGGGAAAGUAUCCCAAUACCAAGAGGCAGGAGACAGCUGGGACUUGGGAACAAGGACCAGAGUCUGAAAUGAAAGAACCUGCUGGAUCUAAGAAGCCUCCAGGUUGUGCCCAGUACGGACGCUAUUAUUGCAGUUACAAAGAAGAUUAUCCCAUUGACGUGGUAAGUCAAGUGAUAAAAUAUAUGAAAUGGCCACUGGAAAAACUGUUUCGAGAUCUGAAGCAUCAACGCAUGCCACGGAUCGCAGAGAAUGCUGACGGAGCCUUGGUGUGCGAUUCAAUCACUCGCAUGAUCAGACCUGGAUGGGCUAAGAACAAUAAUGGUCGGUGGGUGGUGGUUAUCAAUACAGAGCAGUAUGCACAAUUUGUGACAGAAGUUAUAUGCAGAUAUGACAAUUCCUACUGCAAUUUCGUACCACCAUGCUAUCAAGCAACUUGCCAGCAACGAUACAACACCCAAACAUUACUAGCAAUCGAUCCUUACAAUCCACAUAAAGGGCCUUUCCUAUCGAAAUUCCUCUUCCCAUCUUGCUGUGUUUGCUAUGUGCCCAAGGUGAAGUUCGACAAAGGCAGCGAUGACUACUGAUUCGUUUAAAAACUGUUAAGAGGAUCGUCUGCUUCGUUUCAGGUACAUCGUUUAGUUUUUAUGUUAUAAAUAACAUAUAACUAACAAAGAGACAUUUUUCAAGAAACGGAAACGAAU